AUGGAUUUUUCAAAACUCCAAAUACAAAAUCUAGUUAAAAGGAACGAUUUAACUCAAAAAAUGCUGGAUGUUACGAAUAAUGUUAAUAAUUUAAAUAAUACUACCCCACUACGAAUUGCAUCAGAGCGUAACAGAGAAUACAUAUUAAUUAAGAAUGAGGAUGGACUUGCGGGAUAUACAAUGAAAACUAAUGGUACCACAAAGUCAAAUAAUUUAACUGGCAGAGGAUCGGGCACAAUUGAUGAGCCAGUGAAUUUGGACGAGAGCUCGGAAUCUGAUGAAAAAUCAAUACCAGACUCUGAAAACGAAUGGGAAGAAGUUGAACUAGAAAAUGGACCUGAUGAUUUAUUAUUAGAUUCAAAUGCUUAUGUUGAUGAUGAUGAACCCAUUGAAUCCGUUAUGAAAAAAUUUAAUAUGCUUGAAUCUCAACAUCAAAAUUCACAAAACUUUAAUAAGCAGUCUAACAGAGAGGUUGGCUCAGUUGAUAACCUAAGUGAUGAUCAAGAUUCAUCUAAAUCCUAUGAACCUGACUCUCCAGACUCAUUAUAUGCUAUUUGGUUAUCACGAGUUUCACCUGCAUUUCAAAAACAAUACGAUGAUCAUGAUGAAAGAAUCCAUAAAGCCAUAUAUGAAUGGAAUGACUGUGAUCUUGAAGAACAGAAAGCUUUGGCUAUCAAACGCUUAGGAAAAUUAAAAGAGGGCGAUGACGAAAAAGAAGUGGCUUUAAAAUUCUGGCUCGACUUUUUAAAGGUUACAAUCCAAUUUCGUAGGUCACAUCCGCUUUACUCUCGAAAAGAUGAAGCAGAUAAUUCUUCAUUAGAAAGUAUUAAUAAAAUAGAUAAUUUAUACGUCAAUUCGGAACCAUCAUUAAGACAGUCAAGCACUGUUUUUGAUGAUAAUUUUGAUCUUAAUAAACCUAAUAAUAAACUAUUUACGCACGAGACUUUGAACUCUAUUGGGCAAUUGAAAGAUACGAGCCCGCCCAAAAUUAGGUCAAAAAAAUUAAUACAGAUAGAUUUUGAAUUCUUUAAUUUACCACUGGCCUACGAUACUCCAUUGACCGUUAAUUUGAAAAGAAAGUUGUCUAAGAAAGUGUCGAAGAAACUUAAUCAAACGCCUCGUCAAAUAAUGAUUAGGGAAAUUAAGUCUAUAAUUUCAACUGAAAAUUUGCUUGCAACGGAUUUGAUGAAUGAUGUUAAGCACACUAGCAUAGAUUCUGAAUCACUCAUUCAAGAAACAUCACAUUGCAUAACUAACGAUGGAAUAAUUAAAUCUGAUUACAUUGAGAACGAAAUGCAUAAUAAUAUUGAUUCAAUAAAUGUUUCAUCGACGAAAAAAACUUUGAUAAAAGAUAUGAACAAUUUAUCCGAGGAAAUAUUAGGUAAUGAUGAACUCCUGAAUAAAAUCAAUCAAAAUUAUCUCUUAAAAACGAAUGACUUAACUCGAGUAGAUUUGUCACAUAACGACGGCGAUAUUAUAUCAAUAUCUAGAGAAGAAAAAAAUGAUUCAACACUUCAGAAUUUAAAUCUUGAAAUUGAUGAUCUAUAUCACUCACAAUGCACCGGGGAUUUUCCUGAAAUAGAUACAAAAGAUUUAAAAUCAGAUAAUAAUGUUUCUUCAAUACAUCGACACAAUAAAUCUAAAAUUAAUGUAAUCGAUUUGACAUCUGAGCCUGAUAUCCAAACAGAUGAUUCAGUUAAAAGUGAUCAUGAAACAUUGUCCGAUGAAAAUGUGUUCGAGUCACGCGAAGAGUAUGAUAAUUCUGACGAGGAUACUGCGCAAUUAGCCAAGGAAACCUCCGAAUUCGCUAGGUUUUUAUCCGAAUUACAAAAUAAAGACUUGGGUUCAAUACAAAAAGAGCUGACUAAUGAAAUCCAACAAUUAAAUGAACAGCAAAGACGAGAUAAACGUGACGCAGAUACUGUGAAUCAGUCUAUGAUAAAUGAUUGUCAAAAACUUUUAAAAUUGUUUGGCAUUCCAUAUGUUAUCGCGCCAAUGGAAGCCGAAGCACAGUGUGCUGAAUUAUUACAGCUUAAAUUAGUUGACGGCAUCAUUACAGAUGAUAGUGACGUAUUUUUAUUUGGGGGAACAGAAGUAUAUAAAAACAUGUUUAAUCAACAAAAAUAUGUCGAAUGCUACUUUGCAAAAGAUUUUGAGCAAGAGUUAAAGUUAAAUCGGGAAAAACUAAUACGACUUGCUAUUAUUUUGGGAAGCGAUUAUACUGAAGGUCUACCUGGUAUUGGAAUUGUUGGUGCCAUGGAACUUCUGAAUGAGUUCCCUGGUGACGAUGGCCUAGAACAAUUUAAAUCUUGGUGGCUAAGUGUACAAAGCGGAAAGUAUACACCAGAUAAGGAUGAAAGCGAUUUCAGAAAAAAAUUUCGACGAAAGAUGCGCACGCUCUUUUUACCAUCAGAUUUUCCAAGUCGUCAUAUAUGGAAUGCAUAUAUGAAUCCACAAGUUGAUGAUUCAAAAAUCCAGUUUCAAUGGGGUUUUCCAGAUUUGGAUGACUUAAGAAGCUAUUUGAAAGAAAAUCUAUCAUGGUCUGAAAGUAAAGUUGACGAAACUCUUAUAAAUAUACAAACUUCUUUGGAUGACUUCGACUUCUUCGAUCUUUCUAGCAAUAAUCAACGCUCAAUAAAACAUAAGAGUGCAAGAAUUCAGCGUGUUGUUGAUAAUUGGAAUCAGCCAAAUAAUGAAUCUGGUCAUGGAGGCUCGACGACUAAAAGGAAAGGUAUAGAGAAGACAACAACUAAAAAGUCAUCAAAGAAAAAUAAGAAUAUAAAAGGAUCAAGAACGACAAAAGGUAUUCAAAAAGCUGAUGUUAUUGAGAAU